CUUUCUUCUUCUCCUUGUGUGGCCCCCGUUGCUGUUGCUGCUGCUGCUGGUGUUGCUCCUUGCUGCUGCUGCUGCCAGCCAGUGCCGCAAGGAGGCGAGGCGAGGACGGACUGCAGCUCCGAGAGGGCAACAAGCUGCUCGCCUUCUCCUCUCCGCUCCUGGGUCGACCCCCUUCUUCCUUCCCCUCGAGCUUCUCCCGCCUUCCCUCCUUCCCUCCCAGUUCUUUCUUUCUUUCUUUCUUUGUUCUCCUCUCCCUACUGCACCUUCUUUCUUCUUCUUCCCACCUCAGCUGGGUUCUUCUUCUUGUCGGGGCUCUUCUCUCUCUCUCUCUCUCUCUCUCUCUCUCUAUUUCUUUCUUUCCCCCUCCGCCCUGUCAUGUCAAGAUGGAAGGCAGGAGCGACUGGCUGGCCUCCUCGUCCCGCCCGGAGGGCUUCGAGCAGCUGAGGCUGAAGAGCAAAGCCCGCGAGCCCUCGCCCAGCCUGACCCGAGUGGGCUCCAACUUCUACAGCGCCGUCAAGCAGCAGGACUACAGUGCCAGCGUCUGGCUCCGGAGGAAAGACAAAUUGGAACACUCCCAGCAGAAAUGCAUUGUGAUCUUUGCACUGGUUUGCUGCUUUGCAAUUCUGGUUGCACUGAUAUUUUCGGCUGUGGAUAUUGUGGGAGAAGAUGAGGAUGGCCUUUCAGAAAAGAACUGUCAAAAUAACUGUCGGGUUGCUCUGGUGGAAAAUAUUCCUGAAGGCAUAAACUAUUCAGACAGUGCACCUUCUCAUUUGUCUCUUUUCCAAGGCUGGAUGAAUUUACUUAAUAUGGCUAAAAAAUCUGUUGAUAUAGUAUCUUCCCAAUGGGACCUCAGUCACAGUCAUCCAUCUGCAUGCCAGGGGAAGCAUCUUUUUGAGAAGUUACAAGAACUAUUAUCUCAAAACAUUGAGAUCAAAUUAGUGAGUGAUAUUCUUCACAAGGAGUCCAGGUUAUUAAAGGAUUUGAGAAAUAAGGGUGCAGAAGUGAUGUACAUGAACUUGACUGCUUACAAUGAUGGCCAUAUGCAGUCAUCAUUCUGGAUUGUGGAUAAACAACAUGUAUACAUUGGAAGUGCCAGUUUAGAAUGGAGUUCAUUGGGACAGAUGAAAGAACUUGGUGUCAUUGUGUACAACUGCAGCUGCCUGGUGUUAGAUUUACAAAGGAUAUUUGCCUUGUACAGUUCUUUAAAAUCCAAGAGCAAAGUUCCGCCUAUUUGGUCGAAGAGACUGUAUGCUGUGUAUAACACUGAUAAUAAAUUGACUCUCAAGUUGAAUGAAACCAAGUCAGAAGUCUUUGUUUCGAUUUCCCCCAAGCUUCUUUGUCCUAAGGACAGGGUUUUGGAUAUUGAUGCCAUCUUUAGUGUUAUGGAUGAUGCGGAACAAUUUGUUUAUAUUGCUGUCACAGACUAUUUGCCUAUUAUUAACAUCACAAAUGAGACAAGGUAUUGGCCAUAUUUGGAUGGAAAGAUAAGAGAAGCACUGAUUCUUCGAAAUAUUAAAGUACGGCUCCUCAUAAGUUACUCAAAAGAAACAAAUCCACUCACAUUUAACUUUGUUUCAUCUCUUAAAGCAAUUUGUACAGAAGUUAGUGGCUGUAGUUUGAAAGUUAAGUUCUUUGAUCUUGAAGAAGAAAGUGCUUGUUGUUUUAAGGAACAGAAGAACUGUUCCACUUUUAAGCUAAAUCGCAACAAGUACGUAGUAACUGAUAAAGCCGUUUAUAUCGGUAAUUUUGACUGGGUUGGGACCUAUUUUAAUACAGAUGCUGGAGCUGGCCUGGUCAUCAACCAAGCAGAGUCAGGAAACAAAACCAGUGUAAUCAAGCAACUAAAAGCUGUGUUCGAAAGAGACUGGUAUUCACAUUAUGCUAAAAGUUCAACUACAAAAAUUCCAAACUGUUUAAGCUACAAACACCACCAAGCAGCAGCCAAUAAGACCUCCCUAAGAAAUGUGAACUGAAGUCUACUUUAUUGGUCAGUACAACUAAUUGAGAGAGAGAAUGGGACUGAUACUGACCUCUCCUUUGAUAUUUACAGACAACAGACUUUUCAAAAAGCAAAAAAGAUUUAUAGGAAAAAGCACACUUAUAUAAAAUAUUCUUUAAACUAUAUUCUCUAUACUGUAUUAUUUACAAAUGUUAGAUUUGUUACUGCUGACACUGAAUGUCAUUUCUGCUCUGUUGUUGCUUUGGAGGUAUCACAAUGAAAUUUAAAAGCAUGCUUUGAUCUUUAAGUUAUAGGGUUAUGCCUUUCUCUCCUUUCUGAUUAGUAUAAAACAAGCAUAAACAUGGUAAGUGUAUUCUUGGAGCCCUUUCAAACAGUCUCUAUAUGCCAGAAUCUGAUCCCAGGUUUUCUGUUUAUCCCAGAUUAUCUGGCAGUGCAGACUUAUAUAAUCCAGUUUAAAGCAGAAAACCUGGGGUUAGAUUAGAGCCUGGGAUAUGGGGCCUGUCUGGAAGGGCUAGUCCUUAGAGUGGUUGACACUAAAAUGCAGAUUUCACUCAAAUGAAAGAUAUGGGUAUGAAGAAGGCCUUUUCCCGUGUAGAUAAUAUAAUCCCAGUUUACAGUCAUCUUAACCAUUUCUUUGUUUAAGCAUAUACUGUUUAAGCAAAUUGUUUGGCUGUCUGCCUGUUUUUAUUACAGUAUGUGUAUACUGUAAUAAAAACACAUGUGUUUAAAUAAUUUUAAAGGGUAUGACUGAACUAAUUUAAAUUAUUCUGCUAAUGAUGCACUUACCCUCUUAAUUUUAAUUUUGGAAAAAUACUAUUAUAAAUACCUUGCUUUUUCGUGGUGAGAGGACAGUUUAAAAUCAUUUUUUUCCCAAGUCAGCAAUAGGUUGCAUGUAAUGUGAAUUUUCUCCUAACUAGUGUAUUUGCAAAUUUGGGGGAAAUGCUUAUUACUCAAAAUUACAAGGUUAACCUAUUUCUGUAAUACUGAUGUUUCUCAUUUUUUCUAGAGUGCUUUAGAGGUGAUCCACUGCAAGCAUAGAGGCAUGCUCAGAAAUUUAUAGUGUAGAUAUGGGCAAACUCAGCCCAGGGGCCAUGUGCAGCCCCUUGGGCUCUUUUCUCAGGCCCUCAUCUCUCUCACCAUCCUAACAUUUCUUCCUUCAUUCUUUCCUUCUUCCCUCCCUCCCUUCUUUCUCCUUCUCUCCCUCCUUCCUUCCCUUCUACUUUUUCCUGCUUCUUCCUUUCCCUCUUUCCUCUCUCCUUCCCCCCUCUUUCUCCAUCCUUCCUUCCCUUUUGUUUCUCCUUUCUUCUCUCUUUCUUCCCUCCAUUCCCUUCCACCCUUCCUUCCAUUAUUCUCUUCCUCCCUCCCUCCCUUCUCUUUUUUCCUCUCUUUUUUCCUCUUGGGGGAUGUUUAGCUGGGAGAAGAGAAGGUAGAGAGGGAAAAUGAGAAGCAUGUUUCAGGAUUUAUAAUAUAGUAUGUUUUAAAAGAGCUCUAUUCCUCACUUCCUUUCUAAACAGACAGCACAGCAGCAGCAAAUUUGUGGGCUCUUGGGGGAUGUUCUUUGAUUUAUAUUUUUGGGCAUAAUUGGCGUCUCUUUUAUUUACACUUUCUAUAGCAAAAAUAAAAUGAAUAUUCUGUUUUACAAUAAAUACAAGCAGGUUUCUUUUCUGAAAUCUAAAGCCCACCAGUAAGUGACAUGCUUCUAAAAUGACUAAAAUUUGACCUUUAUGAUUUCUUUCAUAAGAAUGAUAAGAUUUAAUUUUCAAAUCUUACAUUGGCUGCAUAAAAAUACAGUUUAGACUUAAACAGUUUAGUAUUGAGGGAAGUCACAGUAUUUUUGUUCCCCAUUACAGUGAUGGGGUCUUAAUUAAUCUUUGCUAUUUCCUCCAAUCUGGAGGGUGCCUCCAGGUUGGAGGAAACACAAUUCAUCCUUGUACCUUGAUUCUAGGUCAGUGUUGCAUGAUCUGUUGUUUAUUGUUUAUUGAAGCUGAUACACAAGUUGCUUGCCACUGCAACAUCGAUGGAAUUGCUGUGACUGGUUGGAAUAUCUGCUAGCACAAACCUUGGAUGCAGCACGUUGUUGUUUAUUCGUUCAGUUGCUUCUGACUCUCCGUGACCCCAUGGACCUGCCCACGCCAGAGCUCCCUGUCGGCCGUCACCACCCCCAGCUCCUUCAGGUUGCAGCUCAUUCCUUCAGAAUGCUGUACAAUUUUGUAUUCAUUAUUGUCCAGGUAGAAUAACUACAGUGCACUUUCAUGUAGAUUUUUUCUAACUGUUGCACUAGAGAAUGAAUCCACUUUAAAUCCAGUUUCUG